CUUCCUACUCAUACAAAGCCAUGGACUGGUUAGCACUGCACUUUCUGCUUUUGGUGGGUUUGCUGUCUCUCUACAAUGCUCAAACAACAGCACCUAAUACCAGCCAAACAGGCUGUGCAGGUCCUUCAGUGCUGUGUUGCUCUGGGCAAAAUAACAACUGUUACAGGGGAUGUUUCUGUGAUGAGGCCUGUGUGGUAUUCAGGGACUGCUGUCCUGACUACAACUCCACAUGUGCACAAUCUUUGACUACUGCGCUGCCAAAUGGACUCAGCACAACAAACAGCAGCACUACAUCUACACCAGUAGAUGGCAGCACAGCCACAGCACCCACAGCCUCUGAUACUACAGCAAUAAGCACCAGAGAAACGCCAAGAGAUGAUGGCAUGACUUCAGCAUUCACAGUCCCCACUGCUACAGGAACCACACUGAGAGAAGCCAGAACAAGUCUGGAUACUACUAGUGUCACGUAUUUACCAACAGAUGGCAGCACAUCCACGGUUUCAGAGCAAAAGCCAGACCCCAGAUCCACCAUCAGCACAGAUGAAGAUGUCUUAACAGCAAUUGUUCACCUGAAAGUCUCAGUUUUAAUUUGUGAGGAGAAAAAUGAAGAUGUGAUUGUGGAGGCUUUAUCCAGUUUUGUAUCUCAGGCCCAAGCCCUUUUCCUGCAGAGCUGUGAGGGUUGCACCCUGAAGAUCAGACACAUCAAACCCACCUAAAACAAUCUGCCAUUGGAAGCAUCUGUUUGGUUACAGCUGUAGUGGAAAAAAUAGAUUGCACAACUCUUAUUAUGAGAAUUGUUGAAUGACUCCUCCUACUUCAAGCCCUAGGAUAAAAAAAAAAAAAAGAGGACUAAUGAGGACUAUCUGGUGAGUGUUUCUAGGACAGGCUGCUGCAAACAGCAUGAAUGCAGUGUUGUUAGGUAGGAUCUGUGACCCCCGCACUUCAAGGGAGGAGGAUGAGACAAAAAUUUAAUUAUGAGGCAAAAAGAGGAAACAGGUCCACAUGGCCUCAGGGACCGGCAUAACCUCCAGGAGCGGAUAGUUCAAAUUAGACCAGCAUUGUCAGCCCACACCCACCUUUGACCCUGGAGAUUUAAUUGCACAAAAAAAAAAAACUUUACUGUAAAAGACUUUCUUCCUUCUUUACUGUCUUUCUACUCGCUUGUGCGUCUGCGUGAUGAUCGGAGACGUGGAUCAUGCUCUACCUGCCCAGCUGCCAGCCUGCUAAUCUGAAACGUCCUCCCCGAAUGUAACUUUAGCGAUGUGUGGUGCAAAUCAGAAGCGUGUGUUCUCUGUAAGCUCCUCUCCACGAUCCCGCUGCGCAAUUGAAGUUAAUUCUACAGAGUGAGUCUCGGGUUCACGUUUCGCCACAGCUUUGUAAACGUAGAUCAUAUGGGGUCACCGAGAGGUUGGAGCGGCCCUGUAGCUGUGCGUCGAGUCUCCAAAGAUCAGUUACAAUGUAAUGGCAAAGGAAUGUCGCUAUUGCACGGAGCUUUGGCUCUAAUUAGAGCCAAUUGGAGAGUGGGAUGUCAUUUUAUUUUAUUCAGAAACAUUGUUUGCGUGCUAGUACAUUUUGUCUGCAUAUCCCUUGGCUACUGUUGAAAGUGCUGGUUGACGCUACAGUAUGAAUUCAAAUUAUUGUAUUUGUAAGAGUGAAAUUACACAACCUAAUGUAUAUAUCCAGUUUCAAAUAAACAGUCCAAUAUAAAUGCUUGUAAAUAAUUGAAUCUUAAUGCUGUAAAACAAUGUAGAAUCUUAAUUUAAUUUGUUCAGUAUGUAUGUUGAGUAUGUUGAAUUUAUAGAAUUGAAAAGCCAGUGUCAGGUCAAUACUCUCUUUCUCUCACACAGACACACACACACAUACACACAUACACACAGUGUCCAUAUUGUCCACACCAUCGGUCUGUUGAGGUAUCCCUGGUUCCCUGUGGUGUGUGCAUGUCGAAGGCCCCGGUGUUAUUGAUCCUGAUUGGGCCUCACAGGAGGAGAUUCCGGCCUGCCAUUGACCCACAGUUCUCCAUGUUUCCACCCUUCUCUCAGAUCAUCAGAGGCAGCUGUCUCCUCCUGCCGGCCGGCCGGCCUGCUCGCGUGAGAUUUCUGAUUGUCAGAUGGAAAAGGGGGAAAAGGGGGGAAAAUGAACUUACUACAGGUUUUGCAAAAUCACUAACAGGUCUUGCCUGAGUAGGCUGCACUGACGUUUUUCUGGCUUGGUGACUGUCAAAACAUCCCCCCAUGCGUUCAUACUCUCCCUCCUCCUCCUAAGAAAGCCUGUGGCUCACAGGCUGCUCUCCUCUUCAAAGUAAAAGUUCUCUGCCAUGCGGCCUGUGUUGAAUUUUUGUGUUGACGACUGCCCAGUACUCAUGAACUCCUCGUAGGGGUCCUUUUUCUCCUCGUCGCUGCCUAUGAAGCAUUUGAAAAGCGUCAUGGCAAGGAAGGAGUAGAAGCACAUGACAAACAGGAUGUAGAAGUAAGCAUUGUCAUAAGUCUCCCUAGAGCUGGAGACGGCGGAUACUGGACUGGUGCUGGACAGAGGGCUUGCUGUGCUGCUGGACACAGUGGCGUUGAUUUGGUGCCCACUGAUGUCUGUA